CCAACAUCUCAGUUGUUGGUAAAGUUCAAAAUGUCGUGGAUUAUUAUAGUAUUGAGUACACUUUUUGUUGGCAGUUGGGCGUCUUUAAAUAUACCAGAAUAUACAAAUUAUUCCAACAAUGUACUUCUUUCGACUUUAUCUGAUCCCAUUGUAAACAAUUUCGAAGAAGAAUACAUUACUUUCAUGAAAACUGGAGUUGAAUCACAAAAUUUGAAGCAACUUUCCAAGUUUUUAUCAUCAUUUACCAAAGGAAUUUUUACUUCUGAAAUCGAACAACAUUCUGCACUUACUCAGGUUUAUCAGUGUACAACAUGUCGAGCCGCAACCCGAGUAUUAAUUCGCAUGGUCCGAGAAGGAGGUGAAUUGGCUGGCUUAGGGGAUUCUGCCCUCAAGAACACUAUGAUUGAAUUAUGCCAACGAUUUGAGAUUGAAACUAACGAAACUUGUGAAGGAAUCAUCAACAUUUACUACCCAACUGCUAAGUUCUUAGUUCAACAAAGCAAAAUUGAUUCCCGUUCAUUUUGUGGAGUCUUUUUGCAAGCAGGUAUUUGCAAAGUCAAGGACGACAACUACGAUUGGAAGAUCUUUAUCGACUCUAAAAAACUUCCAGCAGAAGGCCCAAAAAAAGAAAUUCCAUCAAAGGGAAACAAUGACUUGAAUAUUGUCCAUGUCACUGAUAUUCACUACGAUCCACUUUAUCAAGUUGGUGCCUUAGCUGAAUGUGACGAAGCAUUAUGUUGUCAACUUCAUAAAAAUGUUUCGGAAAAUACAGAAAAAGCUGCUGGUUACUGGGGUGAUUAUCGCCAAUGUGAUAUUCCUUGGCAUGCAAUUGCUGACGCAUUGAAACAAAUUAAGAAGAAUCACGAAAAGAUCGAUUAUGUUUACACGACAGGUGAUGUUGUAGAUCAUGCUUCGUGGUUAGGAUCAAAGAAUAAGAACUUGGAAAGUUUGAAGAAAGUUUAUCAAGAACUUAAGGCAACUUUUGGAGAUAUCCCUGUCUAUCCGACAAUAGGAAACCAUGAUAGCCAUCCAUCUCAUGGUUUUGCACCACCAAAUGUAACUGACGAUCAAGUCAGCACUCAAUGGCUUUAUGAUCUACACGCAGACUUGUGGUCUAGCUGGUUGCCAGCAUCGGCCCUAGAAACUAUCAAGAAAGGUGGAUACUAUACUGUAAGCUCUCGUAAAGGUUUCAGAGUUGUUGCCUUGAACAACAACGAUUGUUACACUUUGAACUUUUGGAUUCUAUAUGACGGCUCAUAUCCAUCCGAACAACUCCAAUGGCUUCAUGAUAUUCUCUUGCAAGCUGAAAAAGAUGGUGAGCAUGUUCAUAUAUUGGCACAUAUCCCAUCUGGAGUUACAAGCUGUUGGAGUGUUUGGUCCCGAGAAUUCAACAGAAUUGUUGAGCGAUUCAGCAACACGAUCAGUGGGAUCUUUAAUGGACAUACUCAUUAUGAUGAGUUUAGUGUUUACUAUGCUAAUAAAACUACUCCUGUGAAUGUUGCAUGGAAUGGAGGCAGUUUGACAACUUACAAUUCAAACAAAGAAUCAAAGAAUCCAAAUUACAAGAUCUAUCAAGUGGAGCCAACAUCUUUCCAAGUUGUUGACCAAGAAACAUGGUUCUUUAAUUUGACAAAAGCAAACCUUAAACCUGAAGAAAGUCCGAAAUGGGAACUUGAAUAUAAAAUGUCUGAUGAAUUUAAUAUGACAGAUUUGAGUCCAGCUUCGGUAGAUGGACUAUUGACAAAGUUUGCUGAAACCCCUUCUCUGCUAAGAAAGUAUUGGUGUAAAUUUGUUGUUAAAAGUGAUCCAAUGAUAAAAGCAGGUUGCAGUUCCGAAUCAUUAAAAAGUUUAAUAUGUCGCUUGGCAAGAAGUGAUAAUACACAAACUGAAAGAUGUGAGAUGCUCCAAUCAAAGUUACAAGAGAAUCUUGAUGCUGAACAAAAUAGUGGAAUAGAUGGCAGUUGCGUUUGUGUUACAGCUGAUGGUGGUGCGUUAGCUGUUGCACUGAAGAUAACGACUCUUCUUUUCAUUUAUUUCGGAACGAAAAUUCUAUUUUAAUUUAUAAUUUUUUA